AUGAACCCGCAGGCGCGGCGGGUGGAGCGCAACCGGGAGGAGGUGCGCAAGCUGUCGCUGCGGGACGGCAACCGCUUCUGCGUCGACUGCGGGAUGCGGGGCCCCCUCUACGUGGUGAGCAACUUUCACGUCUUCGUCUGCUCCAAGUGCGCCGCCCUGCACCGCUCGCAGCAGCACAAAGUGAAGGGCAUCUCCAUGACGGAGUUCACCGACGCGGAGGUCGCCAGCCUCGCCGUCGGCGGCAACGACCGGGCGGCGCGGGUUUGGUUCGCCAAGUACCAAAAGCAGCGGCCGCGGCCGGGCAACGACCGCGCCAUCAGCAACUUCAUCGUGGCCGCCUUCGAGGACCUCGCGUACGUCGACCGGGAGGAGUUGGCGCGGCUGCAGAGCGACGUGCAGCUGGCGGUGAGCGGCGAUGGGGCGCCGCGGCGGCCGUCGGGCUCGCUGGGGCUGCCCCCCUCGCCGGAAGGCGGGCCCCGCCGGUCCCUGCCGUCACAAUCGCCGUCGCAGGCGACCGACACGGCGGCCGCCUCAUCGCCGGCACUCGCCCCAACCGCCCCCCCGGCGACGCGGGGCGCAGACGCUGUGCCGGUGGACCUGUUUAGGCCCUCGGCUCCGCCGCCGCCGGCCCCCGCGGCCCCGACGGACGACGACAUGUUCGCGGACUUUUUAACCGCCGCCGCACCGCCGCCGCAGCCGCCGCCUGCCGUUGCCGCCUCGGCGUCUCCUUCCACGGCCCAGGCGCCGCUCGAGGACUGGUUCGCCGCAGCCCCCGCGCCGCCGCACGUCAACGUGGCCGUCUUCCCAGGCGUCACGGCAGGGCCUCCUGUACCGUACCCGACGCCGCAGCCGUCCCCUGCUGCUGGGUACGCGCCGUGGCCGCCGAACAUGUUAUCGCAGCCUGGAAUUCCGGGGCAGUUCGGCAUGCAGCAGGGCGGAUAUAGUCUUGCGGCGCCUAGUAAUGUGUCUCAGCCGGCGCCACAGCAAGUUCAGUAUGCCUCUUCUAUGAGUUCUGCAGUGGCGCCCAACGUGGUGCCGUGCCAAGCACCGCUCGCCCAGGCACAACCGCCGUUGUCCGUGGGUGCUGCGACGCUGACGAAUUGGGGCGGCGUGAACUUCUUUCAGGAACCUCCCGCAGACCCGUGGAGAAACCCUGUCCCUUCUGAACCCACGAGGGCGGAGCCCGUCAAGGACACCAGCGCGCCACACAACGACGCCUUUGCCUUUUUAGACCCCUUUGGCAGCAAAUGUUGA